AUGCAGGAACUAUGGCUGCUGUCGUGUGGUUGGGAUGAUCCGGUUCCCGAUAAUCUACAGAAAAGAUGGGAAAAAUACCAACAGGAGCUGCCCAAAAUUUUUGCCUAUCGCAUCCCUUGUUACGCCCUUCUACCCAAUUCUACAGUGCAACUACACACCUUCGCUGAUGCCUCCGAAUCUGCUUACGAGGCCUGCACAUACGCCUACUGUGAAGAUCCGCAGGGGAUCGUACGGAUACAGCUUCUUGCCUCUAAGUCCCGAGUCGCUCCGCUGGAGCGGUUAACUAUCGCUCGUCUUGAGCUGUGCGCUGCGGUUCUGGCUGCGCAUCUGCAUCACAGGAUAAAACCUGCAAUUGACAUCGGUAUUUGUUCCUCAUAUUUUUUGUCCGAUUCAUCCGUCACUCGCGAAUGGCUUCGAUCACCACCGAAUCGCUGGCAAACGUUUGUUGGAAAUCGCGUUUCAGAGUCUCAGUAUUUCACUCAUGACUAUCGCUAG